AUGACCUCCGCCGUGGCGGCGCCAACAUCGCUGCUCCGGCCAGCGGUGAACCCCACGCACGCAGCAGCCAGAGUCUCCGUCCUGGCGCCGAGCAACAGGUCGCACCUUGGCAACCUCGAGCAUCUCUUCCGGAACCGCGGCGCCGUCGAGACCAGCGGGAGUGCUCCCGCGCCUCUGCAGCCGGUGCGGAGGAGGCGACAGGCGCCGCUGCUGCGGCUGCCGUCGUUCCUCAAGCGGGCCAGGGGCGAAACCGCAGCCGGUGAGGAGCAGGUGAACCUGUCACCGCGUCUGUUCCUGCCGGUGCCGCCCGAUGGGCCGUCACCGCGCGGAGACAUCGCGGCGGCGUGGCAGCGGCUGCACGGCGCGGACGGCUGGCGCGGCCUGCUCGACCCGCUUCACCCGGACCUCCGCCGCGAGAUCGUCCGCUACGGGGAGUUCGUCGACGCCGCGUACGGCGCGUUCCUCUCCCGCCCCGACGCCGCGCCGGACGACGCUGAGGCCGUGCGCGUCCCGCUCCAGGACGCGGCCUAUCGCGUCACGGCGCCGCUCUUCGCCACCUCGUCCGUGGGCCUCCCGACCUUGCUCGCGCUCGCCGCGCCGUGCGCCGCGCAGCGCACGAGCCUCGUCGGCUACGUGGCCGUGUGCGAGGACCAAGACGAGGUCCGCCGCAUGGGCCGCCGCGAUAUCGUCAUCGCGCUACGUGGCACCUGCACGGUCCUCGAGUGGGCCGAGAACUUCCGCGCCGGCCUUGUCCCGGCCACCGACGCAGCCGCAUCCACGACGGGCGAUGCCUCCGCCGCGAAGGUGGAAUGUGGGUUCUGGAACCUCUAUAAAACCGCCGGUGACGGCUCGCCGAGCUUGUCGGAGAUGGUCGUAUCCGAAGUCCGCAGGCUACUAAAAAAGUACGAGGGCGAGGAGGUGAGCAUCACGGUAACGGGGCACAGCCUGGGGGCUGCGCUGGCGGUUUUGAUUGCCGACGAGCUCGCUGGCAACGGUGAGGCGCCGACACCGGUGGCGGUGUUCUCAUUCGGCGGGCCGCGGGUCGGGAACCGCGCGUUCGCGGAGCGCGUGGAGGCACGGGGCGCGCGCGUGCUCCGCGUGGUUAACACGCACGACGUCGUGCCGCACCUCCCGCCACGCCCCGGCGGCCGGUGGUACGCCGACGUCGGCCGCGAGCUCCGCCUGGACAGCCGCGCGUCCCCGUACCUCCGUCCGGACGCGGACGCCGGCUGCUGCCACGACCUCGAGGCGUACAUCCACCUUGUCGACGGCUUCCUCGGCUCGCACUGCCCCUUCCGCGCCAACGCCAAGCGCAGCAUCCUGCGGCUGCUCAAGAACCAGGGCGCCAACGUGAAGCAGCUCUACAUCAGCAAGGCGGUGGACAUGCGCGUCCGGCUCGAUGCUGUUGACAUGCCCGGCUCGCCGCUCGGCCGUCUCAGCGCGCCGCAGAGCCCCGUGCUUGAGUGCGUGCACUGA